UUAACGCGAUAGACAAGAUGUCUUCUUACGAAUUUUUGGUUUUUGUCAUUUUUUUGGUGUCAUUUCCCUCGCAAAUUCGUACUUUUACGAAGGAAUUUCAAUGUCGCACAUUUUCCGGAGUUUGUUUGAUUCCUUACGAAAAAGGAGAUUUUUCGAAUAUUUCAAUUGCGAUUCCUGUGCCGUUACACACAGUCGACUUGAUCCCAUAUGAAGUCACGGAAAUGCGAAUUGAGUCACAUUUCGGAAGAAUUCCCGAAACUUUAGUCGUCAACUUUCCAAAAAUCCAAAUUUUACGAAUGCCGAAUACCGGAUUGAAGUCUUUGGAGCUCGUUGAAACGCUCGCUUAUCUCCGAGACCUCGAUGUUGAAGGCAAUAAUUUAACCGAGCUCGGAAAUGCUGACUUGGGAUUCUCUCUGGAGAAAAUAAAUGCGAGAAAAAAUCAAAUUUCGAAAAUUCGAGCGGGUUCCUUGGAAUAUUUGGAACGUCUGGAGGAGCUGAACUUGAGUGAUAAUUUCAUAACGUCGCUCGACGAAAAAGUUUUCAAGUACAACAAGGAGCUGAAAGUACUUUUGCUCGAAAAUAACGAAAUUGAGAGCAUGGAUGGAGUUUUCACGCCCGGUUUGAAGCUCCAACGGAUCUCGUUGUCAAAAAAUUUCAUCAAAAGUAUCAGUCCGAACACAUUUUUGGGCCUCACGGAGUUACGUGAACUUGAUUUGAGCCGAAAUUUGAUCCAAACUGUCGACGAAAAUGCAUUUCGGACAAAUAAUGCGCUUCUGGUCCUCAAUUUGCGACAUAAUUACAUGACAAGUUUCUUCUUGGACGUCAAUAGCACCGAUUUUUACCUUUUACAUCUGGGCGACAAUCAGUUGGAAGCUGUUUUUAUCAUCACUCAACUGGAAAAAGUCCAUUUUUUGAGUAUUUUUGCGGGAAAUAAUCGAAUUCAGCAGUUUCAUGUGCAGAAAAAUAUUCCUUUGAUGAUUCUUGACCUCAGCAGCAACUUUUUGAGUCUUCUACAGCCUUUCCAUUUCAACGAAGGAAGUGUUGACACCCUAAAAAUCUCCAAUAAUAACUUUUCUACGAUGGAUUUUAAUCAUUUGCGACGAUUCAAGAACUUACGGGAGCUCCAUUUGAACAAUACGUCCCUCAAUGAACGGCAAUUUGCGAAAAUUUUGAACAAAUUAACGGAAUUGCAAGUGCUUGACGUGAGUUUCAACGAAAAUUUGGCGAAAUUUAACUUUACAACUGUCAUGGCGCUCAAAUUAAAGGACUUGAAGCUCAACGCUUGUAACUUGCGGAAGCUCCAUCCGAAGGAAAUGCGACACGGGAUGCCAAAUUUGAUGAAAUUAGGAAUUUCUGGAAAUAAAUUCAAGUGCAACAAGACAGAAGCGAUGCUGGAAAAGCUAAAAAAGAAAAAUGCUUACCAGAUUUUGGUCGAAUUAGUUGAGACGGGACCCACAGUUGAGGGAAUUGGGUGCGAGAUGUGAACUGUCUCCUGGACUUCCGUUGAUAACGAUCGAAAUAUGGCAAAAAUUACGCUUGAACAAACAUUUGAAUCAGAUAAGCAGCAGACAUUGUACACAAAUAAAUAUGAAUUUUUAGUAUUUAUGACAGUUUAAUUUUUAUUUUUUUGAAUUUCUUGAACUUUGGAACGAUUUAUGACGUUACU